UGCUCAUUCCCCGUGACACACGCACGUAAUUGCACUUGAUCUUAUUCCGAUAUAUGUGACCUUAUGCUAUGUUCAGUGGUGAAGACCGAAGUCCGCCGAGGUAAAGCUUCAACGAAAUUACUGUGCAGUGAUGACGCGCUACCGUAAUGGCGAAUUUCGGCUGCCCAGUUUUACUAUCCGAUAACUCAGUUGAGACGGUAACGUGUGAACAUCGCUCACCCCCACGCUCCACAGCAAAGACAUGUCGGGAGAUGUUCGCGCGGCCCUGCUUUGCGUCUGCGCCAACUUCUUGCUCAACCACGUGAUCCAAUGUUCCGAAGGUCGGUCGCUUGUCGUUGACCACACGCGCGCGAUAUUCCUGAAAGACGGUCAGCCGUUUCGCUUCGUGGCGGGCGAAAUGCACUACUUUAGGGUUCCGAAGGCAUACUGGAAGGACCGACUCUACAAGAUCAAGAUGGCCGGCCUCAACACGGUCGCCUUCUACAUCGAGUGGAGCGGACACGAGCCGGAGCCGGGAGUGCACAACUUCAUCGACGAAUACGAUCUGGACGCCUUCCUGAAGGAGAUCAAGGACCAAGGCCUCCUGGCCAUAGCCCGCCCGGGCCCGUACAUCUGCGGGGAGCGGGACAACGGAGGAUUCCCGUACUGGUUGCUCAGAGAUCAACCCAAGAUGAUAUAUCGAAGCAUGGAUAAGCACUUCAUAGCGGCAGUGGACCGGUGGUUCGCCAAGCUCCUGCCCAUGCUGGUACCACACCUCUACCGAAACGGCGGCCCGAUCUUCGCCGUGCAAGUCGAGAAUGAGUACGGCCACUACGGCAAGUGCGACCUAGCCUACAUGGAACACCUGCUGACCGUCAUGGAGUCUCAUAUGGGCAAGGACGUCGUGUACUACCGCACCGACUUUCCGUUCGCGUCUUUCUACGCUUGCGACAAGGUGCGCGACAUACUCGUCGCCGGUAACGUCCCGUCGAGCUACAAUGUGGCCGCCGUGUUCGGUCUCAUGAAAGGCACAAAUCCAAAGCCGGCCCCCAUGGUCGUCAUCGAGUACUACACGGGUUGGAUGGACUAUUGGGGUUAUGCGCACAACACCAAGAAAAAGGAAGCCGUCCUCGACCCUUUCAAGGUCAUGAUGACCCACAACGCAUCCGUGACCUUCUACAUGUUCGUAGGUGGCACCAAUUUCGGGUUCAAGUCGGCGAAAGGCAAUACUUACCCCCUCACGACCAGCUACGACUACGGAGCACCAGUCACUGAGGGCGGCGACAUGAGGUCCAUCUACUACGACAUACGGAACCUGACGACCAACUACCUGGGUAACGUGCCCAGUGGGGACAUGCCCCAAAACCAGACCAAGCUCAACCUGGGCGCCAUUCGCCUCGACGAACAUAUUUCUCUAGAAGAAGUGAUGGACCACUUCCGCAGCAAGCAGUGGCUCGAACAAAAGCAGUCAGUCGACCUCUUGACGUUCGAGGCGAUGAGACACGACUAUGGCUUCCUGAUUUAUAGGACUACAGUCAAUGUGUUCACCCUGGGUACAGCACCUCUUUAUCUGCCAUGGCUAAAAGACCGGGCUUACGUUCGCGCCGGAGGCAAACAAUUCGUCUUUUACAAUCAUGCCGUCAGUUUUGGAACUGUGAAGUUAUUGGACACGAUUCCUGUGAAAAAAGGAGACAACCUAUCCAUUCUCGUGGAGAACAUGGGAAGGGAGUGCUAUGGCGUCAUAAACCACGACAUGAAGGGGCUCACCUACGCCUACCUGAGCGGAAUCGUACUUAAGAACUGGACUAUUGAGGCAGUUCCCAUCAACAAGAACCGAGACAUCAGCGAGAUCCUACGAAUAGUCAGAAGACAGGGAAACGGAAGCGUUCCCGGUUUCUUCCACGGGACGUUCACCCUGAAAGAAGGGCAGAAUCCUGCCGACACGUUCCUGAACCCGUCAGGAUGGAUCAAGGGCUUUGCCUUCAUCAAUGGUUUCAACCUAGGCCGUUAUUGGCCUCCUACAGGACCACAGGUCACGCUCUACGUGCCGGCCCCGUACAUGAGACCGCACCCAGAAGAGAACCGGCUGCUACUGUUCGAGACGGAAGGAGCGCCUGUGAACCGCACCGUCAUGCUGGUCGACAAACCCUUGCUGGACGUCGACAUCGCGCGCCCGAGGCCCUAAAGGCGACUUUCGGUUCAUGCGACAAACUGCGUUAUCUUUCUUAUCUCUUAUUUAUUGGUGUUGAACAAAGGUUGCUGCGCCAGAAGUCAUCGUAGCAUUUGGCCAGCAGACGUUGA